AGGGUCAGGCUUAGGAAAACAUUUAGUAUCUUCGCAGAUCAUGCGAAUCAGAGGCUCGUACCGUUUGCUGCGUCACGAUGGCAGGUGUUUACAUGGGGCAAGCUGCGCAAGUGCGCUUCUCCUGUUCCGCGUUCGCAACUGUGUCUUCGCGUAAUCGAGCUCACCAGUUUGCUGAUACAUUCGUCAUACACACUUCUCAUCUUUGUGGAAGAUCAGGAGACAGGAAUCCGAACUCGUACACCGAAUCGCUUCGAAUCAGAAGGACGCAAAGAGUGGAUUUCAGCCGCUGGAGUUACAAGGGUGAAGCUUGGGAUCGAUUCUCUUUAUCAAAGCAUUCGCGUGGACUGAGAGCAUCUACGACAGUGAUGGCAGCAGUUACCAGAGAGCCAGUCGGACCUGGUCAGGAGUCCGUUUGGGACUACCCGAGGCCACCCGCACUGGAGAAAGUUGCUGAAAAGAUCAAAAUUCUCUUCAACGGAGAGAAAAUUGCAGAAACUACCAACGCCUAUCGAGUUCUCGAAACAAGCCACCCGCCAGUAUACUACAUACCCGCUACAGAUGUUACAAUGGAACACUUGAGUAAAGCAGCUGGAAGUUCGCACUGUGAAUGGAAAGGGGAUGCCACAUGGUGGACUUUGACGGUCGGUGCUAAGACUGCAGAGAAUGUUGCGUGGAGCUAUGAAACUCCAACGGAAGCCUUCCUUCCUGUGAAAGGUUACCUGGCAUUUUAUGCCGGCCCGAUGGACGCAUGUUACGUUGGAGAAGAGCAGGCUCAGCCCCAACCCGGAAAUUUUUAUGGUGGGUGGGUCACAUCGAAAAUCGUCGGACCAUUUAAGGGGGGUCCCGGUUCUUGGGGAUGGUAGAAUCUGAUUCCUUUCCUGUCCCUGUGUACAAAAACCACGUGCAUUGUACUGACAAUGCAUGUUCUUACCAGCAGUUCCAUUUUGAGUGAUGGCUCUAAACCUCUCAGUACACCUCAAGACUUACUAAUUUUGUACGUUCAAAAGUCAGAGGAGUGCUGUGUGUUUUCUCCACGCAGACUGUGAAAUUGAAGAGUGGACGUAGAGAGUAUGAGUUAGUCACUUUAUCAUCGUACAUUUGUUUAGUGAAAAAUAGUCCAAGGAGGCUGAGCUUGCGGAUGAGGCUACAUGUCGGAAAGAUGUUAGUGUUUCCGCCUCUACUUCACAACUUUUCCACCAAAUUUUGGUUGUAUGUACGAUGACGCAAUGUAAAUGCCGUUACAAAUUCGAAAAGGUGG